AUGGCCGGAGUAUCCUACUACGCGGCGGCAGCAGCAGGCACGGGGAGGCCAUCCGUGGUCCAAUUCGGUGCGGCGUCGAACAGGUCGCGGCGGGUCUCCAGGACACGCUUGCACCGGCGGAAUGCCGGUGGGAGGUUUGGCCUGGAUUCCAACUCUGAGCUCCAGGUCGGGGAGGUUUUGCAGCAUGCACGUACAUAUAUAUACCGGUCGGAGAGGCUGCUGAUAGAAGGAAUGUAUGUGCAGGUGGAUGUGAAGCCGUCGUCCGGAUCGAAGGUGGAGAUCGAGCUGGUGGCGACGAACACUGGCAGCAACCUGGCGCUGCACUGGGGUGCGCUUCAGCCGGGGAGGAGCGAGUGGGUGGUGCCGCCUGCGGGGAUGAAGCUGCCGGAGGGGACGACAAGGGCGCCCGACGACGCCGCGCUCAGGACUCCCUUCAAAAACUCUGGUUCCAACUCCACGCUGAAAAUCGAGAUAGACAACCCAGGCCUCGAGUCGAUCGAGUUUGUCAUCGUCGACGAGGCACAGAACAAAUGGUUCAAGAACAACGGCCAGAACUUCCAGGUCCAUGUGCGGCCACCAGCUGGUCACCACCAUCAGGGACAGCAGCAUUCUGCAACAGCAGGAAGCAUCGGGCGAAAAAACAGAGAUGUCAUGCAGCUCCUAAGCAAAAACGCAUCCACCAACGACCAAGUAAAUAAGGCGGGAGAAGCUACCUCUUCAAAGUGCACGGUUCUUGAUCUCUUCAUCAAGUCUUUACAGGAAAAGCAUGGCUCCCAGGUCCUCUGCAAAAAGGUCUUCAAACUGGGCGAAAAGGAGAUCUUGGCAUUGAUGUCACAAGUACAGGAUAGUACCAAAGUUCACCUGGCUACAGAUCACGUCGAGCCACUUAUUCUCCACUGGGCACUGGCACAGAAGCCUGGAGAAUGGAAGGCACCUCCACCAGGCAUAGUGCCUGCUGGUUCAACACUGCUUGAAAUGGCAUGUGAGAGUCCAUUCUCUGAUGCCGAAUUAAAUGGUUUGCAUUACCAGGUUCUGGAGAUAGAGCUUGAUGACAACAGCAGCUAUAAGGGAAUGCCCUUUGUUCUCCGCUCCAAUCAAACAUGGAUAAAAAACAGUACAUCUGACUUUUACCUUGAUUUUAGCACCCAUGCUUAUUUUUUUCCAUGCAUAAAGGGUACAAGUGAUGAUAGUAAAGGGACUGCAAAGGCUUUGCUAGAAAGAAUAGCCGAUCUAGAGGAAGAUGCACAAAGAUCUCUUAUGCAUAGAUUCAAUAUAGCAGCCGAUUUAGUUGACCAAGCAAAAGAUGCCGGACAACUGGGUCUUGCUGGACUACUUGUUUGGAUGAGAUUCAUGGCUACCAGGCAACUUAUCUGGAACAAGAAUUAUAAUGUGAAGCCACGUGAGAUCAGCCAAGCACAAGAUAGGUUUACAGACAAUCUACAAAGUCUCUACAAAAUGUACCCACAGCACAGGGAGAUGCUAAGAAUGAUAAUGUACACAGUUGGCCGUGGAGGUCAAGGUGAUGUCGGCCAACGUAUUCGUGAUGAGAUUCUAGUAAUACAGAGAAACAAUAACUGCAUGGGUGGAAUGAUGGAAGAAUGGCAUCAAAAACUACACAACAAUACAAGCCCAGAUGAUGUGGUGAUUUGCCAAGCACUGAUGGACUAUAUGAACAGUGACCUUGACAUCAAAGUUUACUGGGAUACUCUAAACAAAAAUGGCAUAACGAAGGAACGGCUAUUGAGCUAUGAUCACCCUAUUCACUCCGAACCAAAUCUAAAGAGUGAGCAGAAGGAGGGUCUACUGCGUGACUUGACAAACUACAUGAGAAGCCUCAAGGCUGUUCACUCCGGUGCUGAUCUCGAAUCCGCUAUAGGAACAUGUACAGGGUACACGUCAGAGAGUCAAGGUUUCAUGGUCGGCGUUGAGGUGAAUCCUGUGAAGGGAUUACCAUCUGGAUUUCCUGAGUUGCUUAAGUUUGUCCUUGACCACAUUGAGGAUAAAUCAGUGGAAUCACUUGUUGAGGGUUUGUUGGAGGCAAGAGUUGCACUUCGCCCUUUGCUACUUAGCUCAACAGAACGCUUGAAGGAUCUCAUAUUUCUGGACAUCGCUCUUGAUUCUACUGUUAGGACAGCAAUUGAAAGGUCUUUUGAAAAUCUGAACAAUGCAUCAUCUGAGAAAAUCAUGUACUUCAUCAGUCUAGUUGUUGAAAAUCUUGCCUUGUCCACUGAUGACAACGAGAACCUCCUAUGCUGCUUAAAGGGGUGGAACCAUGCACUUGAAAUGUCUAAGCACUCUGAUGAUCAGUGGGCAUUGUACGCAAAAGCAUUUCUAGACAGAACUAGACUUGCGCUUGCCACCAAGGGAGAAGAAUACCAUGAUAUUCUCCAGCCUUCAGCCGAAUACCUUGGCUCGUUACUUGGCAUUGAACAAUGGACGGUUAACAUAUUUACAGAGGAAAUUAUCCGUAGUGGAUCAGCCGCUUCACUGUCCCUACUCCUGAAUCGCCUCGAUCCUGUUCUUAGGAAUGUCGCUAACCUAGGAAGUUGGCAGAUCAUAAGCCCAGUUGACGUAGCAGGCUAUGUGGUUGUUGUCGACCAAUUGCUCACUGUUCAACACAAAUCUUAUGACAAGCCCACAAUUUUGGUGGUGAAAGGAGUCAAGGGAGAGGAGGAAAUACCUGAUGGUGCUGUUGCCGUCCUAACUCCAGAUAUGCCUGAUGUGUUGUCCCAUGUAUCAGUUAGAGCAAGGAACAGCAAGGUAUUGUUUGCAACAUGCUUUGACCCAAAGAUACUAUCUGAACUGGAACAAAAUGAAGGCAAGGUACUUUCACUAAAGCCAGCUUCCGUAGAUAUAAGCUACAGAGAGAUUCCAGAGAGUGAACUUCUAGUUUCAAGUUCCAUCGAUACACUAGAUGGACAAAAAGCACCAUCUCUGUCACUAGCGAAGAAGCAGUUUAGUGGAAAAUAUGCAAUAUCAGCUGCAGAAUUCUCCGAUGAGAUGGUUGGCGCUAAAUCUCGGAAUAUAGCUUACCUCAAUGGAAAGGUGCCAUCAUGGGUCAGCGUCCCAACGUCAGUUGCACUCCCAUUUGGAACCUUUGAAACAGUUUUGUCUGAUAAGAUUAACAAGGAAGUAGCCCAAAAGGUAAAGAUCCUAACGGAGAAGCUCGACCAAGGAGAACUUGGUGCUCUUAGUGAAAUCCGAAAUGUUCUGCUGAACCUAACAGCUCCUACUUAUCUGGUGAGCGAGCUCAAGGAGAAGAUGCAAGGUUCUGGAAUGCCCUGGCCUGGGGACGAAGGUGAACAACGUUGGGAGCAAGCAUGGACGGCGAUUAAAAAGGUCUGGGCCUCAAAAUGGAACGAAAGAGCGUACUUGAGCACCCGCAAAGUGAAGCUUGAUCAUUCCAACCUUUCCAUGUCUGUUCUGGUGCAACAAAUUGUGAGCGCAGACUACGCCUUUGUGAUACAUACCACCAACCCAUCAUCUGGAGAGCGUUCGGAGAUAUAUGCUGAAGUUGUCAAAGGGCUUGGGGAGACCCUUGUGGGAGCCUAUCCCGGUCGUGCUCUGAGCUUUGUAUGCAGCAAGAAUAAUCUUGAGUCUCCCAAGGUAUUGGGUUACCCAAGCAAGCCAAUUGGUCUCUUCAUACAGAAAUCCAUCAUCUUUCGUUCUGACUCGAAUGGUGAGGACUUGGAAGGCUAUGCUGGGGCUGGACUCUACGAUAGUGUUCCCAUGGACAAGGAAGAACAAGUGGUUCUUGACUACACAACUGACCCACUCGUCACAGACUGCAGUUUCCGUACCUCAACACUGUCGAGCAUCGCUCGUGCUGGUUACGACAUUGAGCAGCUCUAUGGGGGGUCUCCGCAGGACAUUGAGGGAGUGGUGAAGGACGGAAAGAUCUACGUUGUCCAGACACGGCCACAGAUGUGA